AUGUCUUCAUUCAGUGCUCUUUUCAGCAUAAAGAAGUCUGAUGUAGAUCAAGCUGUGGACAAUUUAUUUGCCAGUUCCAGCGAUGGGCCCGUCUCUAGGGAACAGUUGAAGAAGACCAGAACUGUUGUGGAAGUUCCUGAACCAGAAGAUAAAGAGUCUAUGGAAGUCGACGAAGAAGAUGACAAUGAUGAGGAUAUGGAAGAAGAAGAAGAAGAAGAAGAAGUGUCUACCAAACAAUUGAAGAAGAACAAGAAGAAGGCAGAACUCAACGAGGACUUGGAAUCCGAAUACUAUUCCAAACUUUUGAAGGAAGAUAACGAAGAAAAAGGAGAUAUUGAAGAAGAAGGUGAAGGCAAGAAGAAGGAGUCUAGCGAAAAGAAGGCUACUGCUGCUACCAAGAUCGACUUGAAGGAAUCCGAACUUGAGAAGGCUGAAAGAACCAUUUUUGUAGGAAACGUCACAGCUGAAGUCAUAACAUCCAAGAUCAAGACGAAAAACUUCAAGAAGUUUUUUUCUGACUUUGGAGCCAUUGAUUCGGUCAGAUUCAGAUCUAUUUCCUUUGAAGGAUUACCCAGAAAAGUAGCCAUUGCUACCAAGAACUUGCAUAAGUCCAGAGGUACUUGUAACGCCUACGUGGUGUUCAAGGAAAAAGAAGCUUCGCUCAAAGCUGUUUCCGGAGCCAAUGCCAAAGUGUUUGAGAACUUCCACUUGAGAGUAGACCAUGUAGCUCAUCCAGCUCCUAAGGAUAAUAGAAGAACCAUCUUUGUUGGGAACUUAGACUUCGAAGAAGAGGAAGAGAACUUAUGGAGGUACUUCAACACUAAGCUUGACAACGAUGUUGAGUCAGUGAGAGUAGUCCGUGAUUCCAAGACUAAUGUUGGUAAGGGAUUCGCUCUUGUCCAAUUCAAGGAUACCUUGUCUGUAAACAAGGCUCUUUUGUUAAAUGAUAAACCAAUGACCGUAGACAAAGAUUCUAAAAAGAAAGGCAGAAAGUUGCGUAUCACUCGUGCCAAGUCCCACACCAAGCCAUCCAUUUUGUCUCCAAACCACGUUGACAACCUCAAGAAGAAGUUUGCUUCUAACAAGUCCAAGUCAUUGGCCACUAAGUUGAGUGACCAACAAAAGACUAAACUCGGUAGAGCUCAGAGGGUUUUAGGGAAGGCUGACAAGGCUACAGUCGGUAAGAAAGUGAUCAUUGAAGGUCAAAGAGCCACCAAGGGCCAGCUGGUCAAGGGUAUAAAGGGCUUGAAGGGUUCGGGAAAGAUCAAAAAGCCUAGAAUAAGGGACAGAACCACCAAGUUCAAGAAUGAAAGAGAACUGAUGAAGAAAGAAAUGGCCAAAUAG